AUGGCUAUUGCAGAAGUUUUUCUGGGCGCGUUUUUAGCUGUGCUAUUCGAGAGAUUGGCCUCUCGCGAGCUGUUGAGCUUUGUUCGCAGCGCCCGAAUUCAUACCCAGGUGAUGACAUUGCUCAAAGUGUUGAGUACUAUUAAAGAGUUGCUCAACGAUGCAGAGACUAAGCAAAUAACUAACGAAACUGUGAAUCUGUGGCUGGAGGAUCUGAGGGAUCUGGCUUACGAUAUGGAUGAUCUUGUGGACGAGAUCGAGACAGAAGCUUUGGCCCAUAAAUUGAAGACGGAGACCGAACCAGCAGCUACCACAGGCAAGGUGAAGGUACUGAACUUCCUAUCUACUUCUUUGACUGAUUUCCGUAGAUCUAUUGAGCUAAAAUUCAAGUUCGGGUCCAAGAUUAAGCAGAUCACUCUCAGAUUACAAGAAAUGGCACAACUGAGAGAUGAUCUGGGUUUGACAGCUACUCCGGAAGCAGGGUCAAGCAAAAGCAGAGAGAGAUUGGAAACAACUUCCUUGGUGGUUGAAUCCCAUGUCUAUGGUCGGGAAAAGGAAAAAAAAGAAAUACUUGAAUUGGUGCUCAAGGAUGAAUCGAAUAAUGAUGAAGCACGUGUCAUUCCAAUAGUUGGUAUGGGUGGUGUGGGCAAGACCACUCUUGCUCAACUUGUCUACAAUGAUGAGAAGGUUAAGGAUUUCUUUGAUACGAAAGCAUGGGUGUGUGUUUCUGAAGAGUUCGAUGUAUUCAUGAUAACCAAGAUUAUUUGUCAGGCGGUGACCAAGGAAAGAUGUGACUUCAGCGACCUCAACAUGUUGCAAGUGAGUCUCAAAAAGGNAGAGUUCGAUGUAUUCAUGAUAACCAAGAUUAUUUGUCAGGCGGUGACCAAGGAAAGUUGUGACUUCAGCGACCUCAACAUGUUGCAAGUGAGUCUCAAAAAGGAACUUUCUCGAAGAAAAUUUCUUAUUGUUUUGGAUGAUGUUUGGAAUGAGAACUACCAAGAUUGGGAUCGCCUCCGUGCUCCUUUUUUAGUUGGGCUAACUGGAAGUAAAAUUAUUGUUACGACUCGGAAUGAAGGUGUUGCACGGAUCAUGGGUUCUGUGCCUUCUUACCCACUGAAUGUUUUGGCAGAAGACGAUUGUUUGUCUUUGUUGGCUCAACAUUCAUUGGGCAAAACAAAUUUUGUUGACCAUCCAAAUUUGGGUUUAAUUGGCAAGGAUAUAGUCAGAAGGUGUGGACGUUUGCCUUUGGCAGCAAAGACACUAGGAGGCCUUCUGCGUAAUAUACAUAGCCCAGAUGAGUGGAAAGGUAUACUGAAUAGCCAAAUCUGGGAGUUAGAAGAGCACAAGAGUCGCAUUCUUCCAGCUCUCAGAUUAAGCUAUCACCAUCUCCCUUCUGAGUUGAAGCAAAUGUUUGCAUAUUGUGCUAUAUUUCCAAAGGACUACGAGUUUGAAAUGGAUGAGUUAGUUUUGUUAUGGAUGGCAGAAGGAUUUCUGCAGCAAUCAGAAGAAAUGGAAGUGUUAGGGGGACAGUGUUUCAUGGAGCUAUUAUCAAGGUCCUUCUUCCAACGUUCAGGUGGCACGGAAUCAAAAUUUGUGAUGCAUGACCUUUUGAAUGAUCUAGCUCAAUAUGUUGCAGGAGAAACAUGCUUUAGGUUGGAUGAUAAUAUGGAGGGAAAUGAAUGGUGUAAGAUUUCUAAAAAAGCUUGCCACUCAUCAUUCAAUCGCCACCCAUACGAGGUCUAUAAAAGAUUCAAGCCAUUUCAUGAAUUUCGUGGUUUGCGGACUUUCAUACCGCUUCCAAUUUAUUUGUCAGAUGGCCACCCCAACAUGUAUUUAAGCAAUAGCGUUUUGGUCAAGCUACUACCAAACUUACGGUACUUAAGAGUCUUAUCUUUGAGUGGGUACUUAAUAAGUAAGCUACCCAACUCAAUUGGAGAUUUGAAGCAUCUUCGGUACCUUAAUUUAUCUCAGACGUUGAUUGAAUCGUUGCCCAAAUCAGUGAGUACUCUCUACAAUUUACAGACACUAUCAUUAAGAAAUUGUUUGGAACUUCGUAAGUUGCCCACAAACAUCGGAAAUUUGGUGAACCUGCGCCAUCUUGACAUUCGAAAUACUCCAAAUUUAAAAGAGAUGCCCCCAAGUAUUGGAAAUUUGGUGAACCUACGCCAUCUUGGCAUUCGAGAUACUCCAAAUUUAAAAGAGAUGCCUUCGGGGAUCAGUAGAUUGAAAUGUUUACAAACAUUGUCAAGGAUUAUUGUUGGCAAAAAUAAUGGAUUUGGACUCGAAAAUUUGAGUGGCUUAUCGCUUCUAAGAAGUAAGCUUUCCAUUGAAGGGCUAGAAAAUGUUACAAAAUUGCAGGAAGCAGAGAAGGCCAAUUUAAGUUGUAAGCAGUAUCUUAAUGAGUUGGAAUUCAAAUGGAAUCGUAACAUUGAAGAUUCUCAAAAUGAAGGGCUACAGGUUAGUGUGUUGGGCAUGCUACGACCACAUAGAGAAUUGAAAAGUCUUAGAAUUGAAUUCUACAGGGGCAGUGCAUUUCCUAGUUGGAUUGGGGAUCCGUCAUUCUCUAAAACAGUGUGCAUUAGUCUCACAGGUUGUACAAAAUGCAUGGAUUUACCACCACUUGGCCAACUACCCUUGCUCAAAGAACUCUACAUAGAAGACAUGCAUGCCGUAGAAAGUGUGGGUGUAAAGUUCUAUUGCAGUGGUAGCACUUUGGAGAUUCCAUUUCCCUCGCUCGAGAUUCUGCGGUUUGACAAGAUGCCAAAAUGGAAGGAAUGGUCUUUUUCUUAUGGUGUUGAUUUUAGAGGACUUUUCCCUUGCCUUCGUGAGCUUUCUAUAUGCAAUUGUCCUAAACUGGUGAGUCUUCCACACUUCAGCCUUCCCUCUCUUCUUGAUUUAAUCAUAAAAUAUUGUGACGGGGCGAUGUUGAAAAGUUUCACUGGAUUAUCCUCAUUAACCAAAUUGGAAAUUAGGAGUAUGUCAGGACUAACUCAUUUGCCGAAGGAGUUCACAAAUGGGUUGGUGUCACUUAAAGUUCUUGAAAUUGAAGGUUGUGCCACGUUGGUGACUUUGUGGCAGAAUGGGUUUGCACCAGAAUACCUUUCGAGUUUGCAACGGCUAAAGGUCUACAAAUGUCCUCUACUUGAGCAACUGUUAGAUAAAGAUCAAAGGCUACCUUGUAAUCUUGAAAGAUUGGAUUUAAAGUUGUGUCAAAAUCUGGAGAGGUUGCCUGAUGGACUAAAAAGCCAUACAUCUCUCACGGAGGUGGAUAUCAGCGACUGCCAAACGCUUGUUUGUUUUCCAGAGGACAGUCUCCCGCCCAAGCUUAGUCAUCUUUGCGUUACAAACUCCUUUUCUCUGGAGUUCAUCCCUAAUUGCAUCAGUCGUCUUGAAGUGUUGCGGCUCAGGAAUUGCUCGUCUCUGAGAUCCUUGCCGACAGACACUCGUAUCUCCACGCUUAAGCAUGUUCUCAUCUGCUGCGGGAAUUUGGAGUGGCUUAAAGAGAUGGUCAAACAGAGCAUAAGCUUUGGGAUCAGUAAUUGGCCCAAUUUGGAGAGUUUUACAGUACAGGUGCCGAAGUUUACAGUACAGGUGCCGGAGUUUACGGAACAGGUGCCGGAGUUUACAGAACAGGUGCCAGAUUUUGAAUGUGAGUUGAAGUAUCAAAUCGACCACUCGCUCUCAGGAAGUGGUUUGCUCACUCCCAACCUAACAAGUCUUGACAUCUCUAAGUUUGAAAAUCUCUUUUCCUUCCCUAGCGAAAGUCAAAGCCUCGCAUUCCUCAAAAAACUCAAGAUAGCGGACUGUCAAAGUCUUGAGUCAUUUCCUGACCAAAAUUUGCCCCCCAACCUAGAAGAGCUAUAUAUCUCCAAUUGCAAAGAACUUAAGCCUCUAUCAGAGUGUGGCCUACAAAGUCUCUCCUCUCUUCGGCGUUUCACCCUGCACAGUGUAUAUCCAACGCUAACUUCCUUUCCGGACUCAUGUUUUCUUCCUGCUACUCUAAAAUUCCUUCGUAUUGACGAAUUCUCAAAUCUCAAGUCUCUCUCAAAGGGCCUCCAAAACUUGGCCUCUCUUGAGAAACUAGAAAUUUCCAAUUGCCCAGAGCUCGAGUCUCUCUCUGAGGGGCUCCAAAACCUGACCACUAUUAGGUUUAUGGACAUCAUUAAUUGCCCUAAGAUUAAGUCUCUCUCUGAGGGGCUCCGAGACUUGACCUCUCUUGAGCAUCUGACAAUCUGCGAUUGCCCUGAGCUUGAGUCUCUCUUUGAGGAGUUCCAGAAGCUGACUGCUCUUACGAAUCUGAAAAUCUGCGAUUGCCCUAAACUUAAGUCUCUCUUUGAGGGGUUCCAGAAGCUGACCUCUCUUCAGCAUCUGAUAAUCAGAAGUUGCUACAUGCCGGGUUCCUUGCUGAACGAAACGAUACUUGACACACUUUCAAGUCUGAUCAAAGAAAACUGCCCACUUCUUGAAGCUCAGUUUUUCAAGGAGAAAGGAGUUGAUUGGCCCAAGAUCGCUCACAUCCCCGUAGUUAAUAUUAUUUCUAACAGGACACCAGACCCUGUUUGUGAUCUAGAGCAAAUUGUAGUCAUGAAACCAGACCUGUUUUGAUGGGCAACUUUCUUAUGUGCCAACCACAGAUGAUUUCGGUUUGACUUGUUCUUGUUAAAUGUUUUCCUGCCAUUUUUUCCCUCUUUAUAUUUUGUAUUUCCAUGUAUUAUAUU